UACCGCGGGCACCCCCUGUCCCUCUCCCCGACCUCCUGCCACCAUUGGCUACCCGCAGUGGAGCAGCUCCCUCUCCCCCUUCCCCCCACGCUGCUCUAACCAAUCCCGCUGCUGGGGGACGGAGGCGGUGGCAGGCUCCGCAUUUGUUAGUCCCCGCGGUGCAGAGGAAGGCGGGCGCCCGCUGCGAAGCGAAGAGGGACUCGCUGUGGGGCCAGAGCGCCCGGCUCCCAUUCCGGCUCCGCCCGUUCCCAAAGUUGGAGCAGGCUCGGGGCAAAGAGCAUGCAGGGCUGGACGCCGCCGCAGGGCACGGGCCAGCGCUCCCCACGCCUCCGGCUCCGCCCUGCCUCCUGCGAUGAAUGAGCGGCUGCUGCGCCUUCCCAGGCGGCUGCCUGGACCCCCAGAGAUUAGUGCAAGGCUAACUACAUGUAUAAUCUGUGGCAAGGAGAACGGGGAGACGGCUGAGAGAGAGCCAUAAUGUCUUUAAGCUGCCAGACAAUUUCUACUCGACUUGGUGUUCUUAAACUGAAUGGCAGAGGACUGCUAUGCCUUUUGGUCUUUACAAUGAGUGUAUGUGGCAGUGCCUCUGGCUUGUGUCCUACAGCCUGCAUCUGUGCUAGUGACAUUGUAAGCUGCACCAAUAAGAACCUCUCUAGGGUGCCAGGAACUCUCUUCAAAUUCAUAAAAAGACUGGAUUUGAGUUAUAACAGAAUUGCAUUUUUGGAACCUGAAUGGGUCCCGGUGCUUUUUGACAAACUGAAUACUUUAAUAAUCAAUCAUAAUAGUAUUAGCAGUAUUAUCACUGGAAGCUUUUCCACAACUCCAAAUUUAAAGUACCUAGACUUGUCAUCCAACAACCUGAAGACACUGGGAAGCCCUUUAUUUCAAGAGCUGAGAGUACUGGAAGUUCUCAUGCUUUUCAACAAUCAGAUAACACAGAUUGAUUCUGCUGCCUUUGGAGGAUUAUACAAAUUGCAGAAACUGUACUUGUGUUGUAACUCACUGUCACACUUCCCACUGGACUUGUAUAUUGGAAAACACAAACUUACAGAACUUGUAUUAUUAGAUAUUUCCUAUAACCACAUCCAGUCAGUACCUAUUCAACGCGUAAGUUUAGUACCGGCCAAACAACUCAGUGGAAUUUAUCUUCAUGGUAACCCAUUUUACUGUGACUGUACUCUAUACUCCAUGCUAAUUUAUUGGUAUCGCAGACACUUCAACUCAGUUGUGGAUUUCAAAAAUGAGUAUGCCUGUGUAUUACGAUCUGAUCCCAAAGGUUCCAAUAAACUGCCUUUAUUGCAUGACAACUUUCUGAAUUGCUCCGAAAGCACCAUCAAUGUGUCAUUCCAUGCCUUUGGGUUUAUUCAUGAGGCCCAAAUUGGAGAAAGGCUGAUUGUACACUGUGACAGCAGAAUUAGUGAUGCAGGCACAUAUUUCAUCUGGGUUAGCCCGGACAAUAGAUUACUGGAGCCAGAUAAGGACACUGACAAUUUUAAGGUGUUUCACAAUGGGAGUCUAGAGAUAAUGGAUCCCCAGCUGGAGGAUUCUGGGCUGUAUUCAUGCAUUGCAAUAAAUAAAAGAAGACUGUUAAAUGAAACCAUAGAAGUUAGAAUUAAUGUAAGCAAUUUCACAGUGAACAGAUCCCAUGCUCAUGAAGCAUUUAACACUGCUUUCACCACCCUGGCUGCCUGUGUAGCCAGUAUUAUUUUGGUACUGCUUUAUCUCUAUCUGACCCCAUGUCCUUGUCAGUGUAAGACAAGAAGAAGAAAAAGGAAGCUGCCCCAAAGCAGUGCCCAUUCAUCCAUCCUAAACUCCACUCCAUCUCAGGAUCCUCCAGCUGAUGAGAAGAAAUCCAGCAGUGGUAAGAGAGUGGCGUUCCUUGAGCCUGUGAACGAGCCAAAACAUGGGCAGAAUGGGAAGGUGAGACUGUUUCCCAAAGAAACUGUCAUAGCGGAGAGCAUCUUGAAAACAACCCGAGCAAAAUCUGACUCUGAUUCUGUCAACUCGGUGUUCUCAGAUACACCUUUCAUGCCAUCAUCUUAGUUUGCUUUCUAGUGUGCAGUUAAAUCUCUCAACACCGCCCCUACCUGUAGCAGCCAUCUGGAAAAAAAAUAAUAAAAUUUGGCAAAAAAUGCAUUGUCAGUAGUCUUCAAGAACAGGUCCACCUACUCUUCCUGUGAUUGGGAUAACAUGCAACAUCACAUAGGUUAGCAAAGGGUAUAUCUUCACUGUAGAAUUAACUCAGGCUCUUACCUGGGUGUUGCCCCAAUCCCACUCCUAUCUACACUCAAAAACCUCUCACUUGAGUCUAGUGGUGCCGUCAGCCCAGGCUAGCUGGCUUGUCUGGGGUUGUAGGCUCAAAGGCAAGUGCUGCUUUUACUGAGGCUAGUAACCCACCCAGUUUUCAUUGAGGACUCAGGCUAAAUCCCCACCCGAGUGCUGAUAGUCUAUUAAUACCUUCCCACAAUUCCCCUCAAUGUGCAGAAGGACAAACAAGUUCUCCCACAAUUCACUGGGAAAGAUUCAUAAAGUAGCUCAGUGUACUGCAGUACACAUGGGAUAUGCCUAUGACCAUCCUAGUGACACACAGGUGAGUGCAUCACCAGUGAGGAAACAGAGGGUAUGUCUACACUGCAGAAAACCCCCCACAGCAGUAAUCUCAGAGACCUCAUCAGCUGACUCGGGCUUGUGCUGCAGGGCUGAAAAUAACAGUGUACACACAGUGUAGAUGCUCCCACUAAAGCUGCAGCCUGGGCCCUAAGGCCCUCCCCCUCUUACUGGGUCUCAGAACCCAGGCUCUAGCCGCAGCUAGAAUAUCUACACUGCUAUUUUUAUCCUCAUAGCCUGAGCCCCACAAGCCCAAGUCAGUUGACCUGGGCUCUGAGACUCACUGCCCUGUAGAUGUACCCAGUAAUUCAGGCAUCUCUUUGGAGGGUGGAUGCUCACAUCUGGGCUAGGCUAACCUGGCGCCUCAGACCUGGGCAGGUAUCAUCCAAGUUAACUUUGCAGUGAAGACUUACCCAGAGUGUUAAUGUGAAGGUGGGGGACAUUUUGCUAUGUGUUUUCUAGAUAUCAGUUGUGGGGAAAACAUGUUUGCUGUAGAUGAUACUGUCUUUUCAAUCUGUGUGCUUAUAAGAAUCAGUAUCUUAAAUAUAUGGAUCUGGGUGUAAAUUGGAAUAUCAGGGAACAGAACUGCAGUCUGUGUGCCUCCAAACAGCCCUUACCAAACCUCUUUCCAUCCUCUAAGCAUUCAGUUUGUAAAGGAAUAAAUGAAGUUACACAAACCAGAAUAUUCCAGAGUGUUUGUAUGUUAUCUUAAUCAUUUUGUAUAGUAAAUGUUUAUGGCCAGGCACAGAAAAUCUGCCUACCUCUUACCAUAAGAAACAUU